AUGAAGAAUUCCAAUCAGUAUGGCUUAUAUACAGAUAACAUUACGGCCUGCAGGAGUUGGAAUUAUACUAUAGCUAACAUAUAUCCCAACCCAUUCAAUUGUCGUUACCAAUUGCAGGUUGUAGAAAAUGCGAAGAACAUGGUCGUAUCUUCAGUAGUGUUUGAGAGACUCCCAGUUGUCAUCCCCAAAAUUGACCCUUCUGUAUAUGCUUUUCAAGAGUUCUCGUUUCGAUGGAGGCAGCAAUAUCGGCGGGAAUACCCAGAAGCUUUCUUGAAAAAAUCUGAUUCCAGGGGAAAAGGUGAUUAUCAAAUUGAGUUUGAACCAGCUUCACGGAUCACUGAGGCAGACAAAUCUAACAAUAAAAGGUCAUUACAAAGAGCACUAGACCGAAGGUUGUAUCUUCUCCUUUAUGGCCCAACAUUUGGUUCUCCAAAUGGCGAAAGUGUCUGGCAUUUCCCAGAGAAAGUUUAUGCAUCCGAAAAUACUCUGCGCGAGUGUGCAGAGUCUGCAUUAGAAUCUGUGAUUGGAGAUCUUUCUCACACUUAUUUUGUUGGCAAUGCUCCAAUGGGCCAUAUGGCUAUACAGCCUGCGGAAGCUGACCGGGGCAUUAAUUCUUUCAAGCGCUUCUUUUUCAAGUCUCAAGUGAUCGCUACCAACAAGUUUAAUGUUAAAAAGUGUGAAGAUUUUGUCUGGGUCACAAAAGAUGAGCUGUUGGAGCAUUUCCCUGAGCAAGCCGAAUUCCUGAACCAAAUGAUCAUCAGCUGA